AUUGAGCACCAACCAGAUGAAUUGUUUAACAUGAAUGGAAACGGGAAGAGAAUAGCAUGAGUUGUCAUUGUUAGCUAGAAACAAAAGACACCAUUCUGCAAAAUUGUGGACACUGAGAACGCAUCACCAUCCGAAUCAUCGAUUACCUUACCAUAAAAUACAUGCCAAAAAGAUUGAUGCUAAAAUUUUUUGUGAGAUUGGAAAACGUGCAGAUCGCAGGACUUGCUUGCCUGGCAAGAAAAUUAAAGUAACGUUAGCUGACUAACAUUAACUGAAAGAUGUUGCAAACGAUAUCUGAGCUUUCCAUCGAAAAUAAAAUAUUUUAUGCUGUUUUGGUGUUUUCCUGGACGGUGUAUUUAUGGGAGGCCUACCUUGCAUAUAGACAGCGGAGGGUAUACCAGACCACUACGCAUGUCCCGGUGGAGCUGGGGAAGAUCAUGGACGCGGAGACGUUCCAGAAAUCGCGCCUCUACCAGCUGGACAAGAGCAACUUCAGUUUUUGGUCUGGACUGUACUCCGAGACUGAGGGAACGCUGAUCCUGCUCCUGGGUGGAAUUCCAUUCCUCUGGAGGGUGUCUGGAGCCGUCACUGCACGAUUUGGACUGGGAACUGAGUAUGAGAUCUCACAGUCCCUAGUCUUCCUGAUGCUGGCCACACUCUUCAGUGCCUGCACUGGCCUGCCCUGGAGUAUCUACAAUACCUUUGUCAUUGAGGAGAAACAUGGCUUCAAUCAACAGACCCUCGGCUUCUUCCUGAAGGAUGCAGUGAAGAAGUUUGUUGUGACGCAGUGCAUCUUGCUGCCUGUGACUUCGCUGCUUCUUUACAUCAUCAAAAUCGGAGGGGACUACUUUUUCAUCUAUGCCUGGCUUUUCACCCUUGCAGUCUCCCUGGUGCUUGUGACCAUCUACGCUGAUUACAUCGCUCCACUUUUCGACAAGUUCACGCCCCUGCCGGAAGGAGAAUUAAAGGAAGAGAUUGAGAGCAUGGCCAAGUCCAUUAGCUUCCCCCUCACUAAAGUCUAUGUGGUAGAAGGGUCAAAGCGGUCCUCUCACAGCAACGCCUAUUUCUAUGGCUUCUUCAAAAAUAAGCGCAUUGUGCUGUUCGACACUCUGCUAGAGGACUACUCGCCCCUGAACAAGGUGGGCGAGGCCGAAACGGAGCACAGCGAGGAGAAUGACGCUGAGGGCGAGAGCAAGACCAAGCCCAAGAAUAAAAAGCAAGGCUGCAACAACCCUGAGGUGCUGGCGGUUUUGGGCCAUGAGCUCGGCCACUGGAAGCUGGGCCACACCGUCAAAAACAUCGUCAUUAGCCAGAUGAACUCUUUCUUGUGCUUCUUUCUGUUCGCCGCCCUGAUUGGUCGCAAAGAGCUAUUUUUGGCCUUCGGUUUCCAUGACAGCCAGCCCACCCUGAUUGGCCUGAUGAUCAUUUUCCAGUUCAUCUUCUCUCCGUACAAUGAGCUGCUGUCCUUCUGUCUGACAGUCCUGAGCCGCAGGUUCGAGUUCCAGGCCGACGCCUUUGCCCUUGGCAUGGGCAGGGCCUCUGAGCUCUACUCCGCCCUCAUCAAGCUGAACAAAGACAACCUCGGAUUUCCCGUGGCUGAUUGGCUGUUCUCCACAUGGCACUACUCCCACCCUCCCCUGCUGGAGCGACUGCGGGCUUUGGGAGGUCCCAAGCAGGACUGAUCUCCCUAGAGGAAGGCCCCCCCUCUGCUGUGGUCGUCCCUCAAGGGCCUCCGAGGGGGGUCAUUCAUGCCCUAUGGCAUCAUCCCCUUUUGCAUUUCCCCCUUUCGCAUUUCCCCCUUUCUUCUCUCUGUUCC